AGCGCGGGGACUAGCAUGGCGGCGGUGACGGCGGCCGAAAGUGUCCCCGCGACCCAACGAGAGGAGCCGGUUCGAGGUACGCAGAGUCGAUGGGGAAGAAGUGUUCAGACGGAGGCCUGGGGCUCCGGGGAGGGGCCCCAGAUGACGGGGUUUACCUGGCAGGAGCCCACAGACGAUGCCGCCGUGGAGACAGCUGAGGAAGCAAAGGAGCCAGCUGAGGCUGACAUCACUGAGCUCUGCCGGGACAUGUUCUCCAAAAUGGCAACUUACCUGACUGGGGAACUGACAGCCACCAGUGAAGACUAUAAGCUCCUGGAAAAUAUGAAUAAACUAACCAGCUUGAAGUAUCUUGAAAUGAAAGAUAUUGCUGUAAACAUUAGUAGAAACUUAAAGGACUUAAAUCAGAAGUAUGCUGAACUGCAACCUUAUCUGGAUCAGAUCAAUGUAAUUGAGGAGCAGGUAGCAGCUCUUGAGCAGGCAGCCUACAAGUUGGAUGCAUAUUCAAAAAAACUGGAAGCCAAGUACAAGAAGCUGGAGAAGCGAUGAAAAACUUAUUCCUGUGCAGCAGUCUUUUUUAAUAUGGAAAAUGUUUUAUAAGACCUGAAUCCUGAGGCUGAUGAAUUAUUAAAACUCCUCAAAAGGAA